AUGGCACGUCUCACAAUCUUGGCGCUUGUCGCCCUCACGACGGCCGCCUGCGUGUCCGCGUCCCACCACGGCCACCACCACGACUACUACGCCAAGCCCAAGUACCACUUCAAGUACGGCGUCGACGACCCCAAGCACGGCGACCACCACAGCCAGUGGGAGGAGCGCGACGGCGACAAGGUGAAGGGCGGCUACACCGUCAAGGAGGCGGACGGCACCUGGCGGCACGUCACCUACACCUCGGACAAGGAGAACGGCUUCAACGCCGUGGUGGAGCGCCGCGGCAAGGCCAACCACCCCUACGGCCACCACGGCCACCACAGCCACCACGGCCACCACGCCGGCCACCUCAAGGCCGACUUUGUCGACGGCAAGGCCGACUUCACGUCGACGAAGGCCAACUUCAGGGUGGCGAAGGCCGACUUCACGGCGCCCAAGGCCGACACCAGCGCCACUCACGAGUCCCUGGAGAACUACCCCGACGGGGCGUACGGCUACAUAUCGUGA